GGAAGACUCAUUCUCGCUGCUCCUGGGAGGACUCAGGGGACCGAAGAGGCCUGUUUCUUUCUUCUGGAAAAGGAAAAGAUCGAUCUCAGGUGUGCAUAGGUCCAGGGCUGGCCUGCCUGGUCUCCACUGAAUUUGUCCUCCAUGGAAGAAGCAACAACCUUCGAACAGGUGACCUUUGGGGAUGUGGCACUCUAUUUCACAGAAGAGGAAUGGAAACUCUUGGAUCAAAACCAAAAGUCUUUGUAUUACGCGGUCAUGAUGAAAAACUACGAGAAUGUAUCCUUCUUGAGAGAUAACUGGCGUGAAACCAAACCAAGCAUGAAGUACCUUAAGCACAAACGGAGGCUUAAGCACAAACACCUCCGAACCUACUUGGGAAGGAGAUAUCGUCCUGCCAAGCAUCGGUACAAGUGCGGUGUGUGUGGAAAAUGUUUUCUCCAUAGGAUGGUAUUUGCUCUUCACAAGAAAGCCCAUAUUAGGAAGAAUCGUGUUAAAUGGGAAGUGUCCAGAACACAUAGUGCAGAAGAUCUGCCGCUUGGGAACGGCCAGGAAGUGCCCACAGCAGAGAAAGCAUGCAGACGGCAAGAGCGUGGAAAAGAUUUUGCUUCUAAUUCACAUCAUGUGAGCUACACGAGAACCCAGUCAAAAAAGACACGCUACGAAUGCCAGUGUGGGAAAUAUUUUGGUCACAAGUCAGACUUCGUGAAGCAUCAACGAGUCCACACCGGAGAGAAACCCUUCAAAUGCCAAGAGUGCGGGAAAUGCUUUGCUCGGAAGUCGCACCUCGAGAGCCAUUUCAGAGUCCACACAGGAGAGAAGCCAUACAAAUGCCAGCUCUGCGGGAAAUGUUUUUCUCAGCAGACCAACUUCAAGAGCCACCUGAGAGUCCACACUGGAGAGAAGCCAUACAAAUGCCAGGUGUGUGGGAAGAAAAUGGCUUGCCACUCGAGCCUUGUAACUCAUAACAGAAUCCAUACAGGAGAGAAGCCGUACGGGUGCCAGCAGUGCCAAAAAUGCUUUGCUUACAAGCCACAUCUUGUGAUGCAUCUCAGGUUGCACACAGGGGAGAAGCCAUACAGAUGUCAGCAAUGUGACAAAUAUUUUACUAACCAUUCCCACCUUGUGGCUCAUAGGAAAACCCAUACAGGCGAAAAACCCUACAAAUGCCAGCAGUGUCAGAAAUGUUUUGUCCGCAACUCAGUCCUCGUGACUCACCUGAGAGUCCACACAGGAGAGAGGCCCUAUGGCUGUCAGCAGUGUGGGAAAUGUUUUGCAAGCCAGUCAAACCUUGUGACUCACCAGAGAAUCCACACAGGAGAGAAACCACACAAAUGCCAGCAGUGUGGGAAAUCUUUUGGCCAGAAAACACACCUCAAGCGUCACCUGAAAGUUCACACGGGAAAUGAAGCACACAAGUGUCCACAGUGUGAGAAUAAGUUUUCUCAGGGUUCAGCCCUUCUGAAACAUCAGAGAGUCCAUUCGGGAGACAAACCGGACAGACGCCAGCUUCGUGAGAAACGUCUUGCUCGCAAGUCACACCAGAGAAUCCACAGAGGAGAGAAACCGUACAUAUGUCAGCUUUGUGGGGAAUGUUUUGCCCGCAAAUCAGUCUUUGUGACUCAUCAAAAAACCCACGUGGGAGAGAAACGGCACAAACGCUGGUAGUAUUUGGCUCAGAGUCCAACCCUUUAGAGCCGUCAGAAUGUCCACGCUGAAGAGAAAAUAGAAAUGAGAAAUAGGUUUUGUUUGGAAUAUAUAUAUAUAUAUCAAGUCAGAAUGUGUUGUUGAAGGCUCUCAUGGCCGGAAUCACUGGGUUGAUGUGAGUUUUCCAGGCUGUAUGGACAUGUUCCAGAAACAUUCUCUCCUGACAUUUCACCCACAUAGAACCAUAGAAUGAUAGAGUUGGAAGAGACCUCACGGGCCAUCCAGUCAUAGAAUCAUAGAAUAGUAGAGUUGGAAGAGACCUCAUGGGCCACCCAGUCAUAGAAUCAUAGAAUAGUAGAGUUGGAACAGACCUCACGGGCCAUCCAGUCAUAGAAUCAUAGAAUAGUAGAGUUGGAAGAGACCUCAUGGGCCAUCCAGUCAUAGAAUCAUAGAAUAGUAGAGUUGGAAGAGACCUCACGGGCCAUCCAGUCAUAGAAUCAUAGAAUAGUAGAGUUGGAAGAGACCUCAUGGGCCAUCCAGUCAUAGAAUCAUAGAAUAGUAGAGUUGGAAGAGACCUCACGGGCCAUCCAGUCAUAGAAUCAUAGAAUAGUAGAGUUGGAAGAGACCUCAUGGGCCAUCCAGUCAUAGAAUCAUAGAAUAGUAGAGUUGGAAGAGACCUCACGGGCCAUCCAGUCAUAGAAUCAUAGAAUAGUAGAGUUGGAAGAGACCUCAUGGGCCAUCCAGUCAUAGAAUCAUAGAAUAGUAGAGUUGGAAGAGACCUCAUGGGCCAUCCAGUCAUGGAAUCAUAGAAUAGUAGAGUUGGAAGAGACCUCAUGGGCCAUCCAGUCAUAGAAUCAUAGAAUAGUAGAGUUGGAAGAGACCUCAUGGGCCAUCCAGUCAUGGAAUCAUAGAAUAGUAGAGUUGGAAGAGACCUCACGGGCCAUCCAGUCAUAAAAUCAUAGAAUAGUAGAGUUGGAAGAGACCUCAUGGGCCAUCCAGUCAUAGAAUCAUAGAAUAGUAGAGUUGGAAGAGACCUCACGGGCCAUCCAGUCAUAGAACCAUAGAAUGACAGAGUUGGAAGAGACCUCACGGGCCAUCCAGUCCAACCUCCUACCAAGAAGCAGGAAAAUGACAUCCAAAGCAGAUGGCCAUCCAGCCUCUCCUUAAAAGCCUCUAAAGAAGGAGCGUCCACCACAGUCCGGGACAGAGUUCCACUGCUGAACAGCUCUCUCACAGUGAGGAAGUUCUUCCUAAUGUUCAGGUGGUAUCUCCUUUCCUGUAGUUUGAAACCGUUGUUCCGUGUCCUUGUCUCCAGGGCAGCAGAAAACAAGCUUGCUCCUUCCUCCCUAUGAUUUUUCCUCACAUAUUUACGUUGUUCCGUGUCCUAGUCUCCAGGGCAGCAGAAAACAAGCUCCCUCCCUCCUCCCUAUGAUUUUCCCUCACAUAUUUACGUUGUUCCGCGUCCUAGUCUCCAGGACAGCAGAAAACAUGCUUGCUCCCUCCUCCCUAUGACUUUCCCUCACAUAUUUAUGUUGUUCCGUGUCCUAGUCUCCAGGGCAGCAGAAAAUAAGCUUGCUCCCUCCUCCCUAUGAUUUUCCCUCACAUAUUUACGUUGUUCCGUGUCCUAGUCUCCAGGGCAGCAGAAAACAAGCUUGUUCCCUCCUCUCUAUGAUUUUCCCUCGCAUAUUUAUGUUGUUCCGCGUCCUAGUCUCCAGGGCAGCAGAAAACAAUUGUGCUCCCUCCUCCUUAUGACUUACCCUCACAUAUUUAUACAUGGCAUUCAUGUCUCCUCUCAGCCUUCUCUUCUGCAGGCUAAACAUGCCCAGAUUUUUCAGCCGCUCCUCAUAGGGCUUGUUCUUCAGAUCCUUGAUCAUUUUAGUCGCCCUCCUCUGAACACAUUCCAGCUUGUCAACAUCUCCCAUCUAUGGCAGGCAUCCUCAGAGGUUGCGAGAUCUGUUGGAAACUAGGCAAGUGGGGUUUAUAUAAAGGUAAAAAGGUAAAGGUUUCCCCCUGACAUUAAGUCUAAUCAUGUCCGACUCUGCGUGUUGGUGCUCAUCUCCAUUUCUAAGCCGAAGAGCCGGAGUUGUCUGUAGACACCUCCAAGGUCAUGUGGCCAGCAUGACUGCAUGGAGCGCUGUUACCUUCUCGCCAGAGCGGUACCUAUUGAUCUACUCACAUUUGCAUGGUUUCAAACUGCUAGGUUGGCAGAAGCUGAGGCUAACAGCACUCCCUGAAUUCGAACCACUGACCGACCUUGUGGUCAGCAAGUUCAGAAGCUCAGCAAAGGACAAGAGGGAUCCUCUCACCUCUGCAGGAGUCUACCAUAUACCAUGCAGCUGAGGACAAGUCUACAAAGGGAACACCAAACACAGACACGAAUCAAGGAACAUGAAAGGCACUGCAGACUGAUUUAGCCAGAGAAGUCAGCCAGAGCAGAGCACCUGAUGAACCAACCUGGAUAUAGAAUAUUAUUUGGGAACACAGAAAUGCUGAACCACAUCAUGUCAGAGUACACAGAGAAGCCAUUGAAAUCUUCAAGAAGCAGGUGGACCAGUUCAACAGAAAGGAAGAAACCAUGAAAAUGAACAAAAUCUGGCUCCCAGUAUUUAAAAAAAACUCUAAAAUCAGCCCAGCAAAUAAAGAACAACACUCUGAAAACAGGGGAAUUCCAGACAGAAAACAAUGAGAGCCAGCUAACACCUCUCAACAAAGGAUUCCCCCAGGCAGGAAGUAGCUAGUAGGUAUGUCCAAAAAAUCAUUUUGAAUCUUAUAUCGAAUUUAUAUCGGAUUGUUCUCGCUUUUUGAGACGCAUUCCGAGACGUCUCAUGCGCAACCGGCAAUGUUUUAAUUUUUUUAAAACAUUAUAAAAAAAUUUUUGUUUCUGCAACCUACCUUGAAUGGGAGUUUAGCUCAGCCUAACAUGGCUGCCGUGCCCCAGCCAAUCAGAAGCUUCCACGAUGGAUGCAAAGGUGGGGGCUAGGGUCCUCUGUGUCCAUGUGGAAGAUUGUCAUAAAAGCCCGUUGUGUAGCCCGGGCGAGCCAUUCUGGGCUGGGUUUUGCGUGGAAAAGGUGCAAAUGGAGAGCAAACAAGCCUCGUGUCUUGAGGGAGAGAGAGGGUGAAGUGGCCCGGUCUGGCUGUUCCCACAGAGGGGUUUGGAGAAAGGGUUAGGGUUUUGUUGCUGGUUCCUUCUCUUGUGAGUGUGUUAAUUUUGGGUAGUGCUCAGCUAUUUAGAGCUGUGAAUUCCAGGGUUAUUUUUUUCCAUAUUAUUAAAAAAAAUUAUCUAGCUUUCAAUUUCGUUAAGAAUAAUUCUUGCUGGAUCAUAGCAUACCUUUGCAGAAUCAGUAGUUUUAUUUCAUUAAGAAGGCAUUGCCUUUCAGGCUUGUGGGAUCACAUAGGCAGAGACACCAUUGAUUUCCAGAGUUCUUGCUUACAAAUAUAGCAAGGGAAUGUAUAGUUUUCAAAGUAUCUUUGCACUCUUUGCCAGGGCAUUGCUUGGCGUGGUCACUGGUCCAGUGUAUUAUAAAAAGUUAUGAAAAUUCACCAAAAAAUCGUAGGAGACAGGAAACGUCCUGCAAUUUGUUGAGCUAAGAGUGUUGAAUGUGUUCUCCCACUGUACCAAAUUUGAUGAGAAUAGCUCAAGAAAUGAGGGCGGGAGGUCCCUGUAAACGUCCCCCCCCCCCGUUCCUUUUUUUUUUUGGCGCUUGCGCAUGCGCGUCCGCCAUUUUAGAAACAUUUAGAAUCAUUACGAAUUUUCAGAAAUAUCUGAAAUUUUGGGGUGAAAAAUUCGGAAAUGCUUUCUAUAUCAAUGCGCCAGCGCCUCCUAUUUAGAAACGAGAAUUGAAACUUUUUUUUCAUCGAUCGGACAUGCCUAGUAGCUAGGUUUUGAAGCAAAGAGUUCUUUCUCCCACCCUGGACAUCAUUCCACAGAUAUAUAAACCUUCCUCUCUUAGUUUCUCCAAUAUACCUCACAACCUCUGAGGAUGCCUGUCAUAGAUGUGGGCGAAACGCCAGGAAAUAAUGUUUCUGAAACAUGGCCAUACGGCCCGGAAAACUCACCGCAACCCAGUAUCUUGAGUCUGUCUUGUAAAAAUGUUAUAAUCCUUUUUCAUGCUGUUUUUCUUUUAAAGCGGCACUCCGAGUGUCCAGCUUCUGGUCAAAGGAAAUCUAGUAUAAUGCCAAGUUUUUAAACUUUGUUUGUGUUUUAUAAAAUACAUUAUAAUAGUACCCUCAAUUUGCUUAUGACAUGUUAAAUAAAAUAAUUGUUUUUAAGCAUAUGUUUUGAAUAUAGCUUGCACUCGAGCAUCAUUCAAUAAAUGAUAUUAUUUGGAGCCUUCCGUUUUCUUUGUUGCCCAUCCAAAAUCUGCAGCGUGGAAACCUCUUCAUUAAAAAUACGCAAGACAACUGAGUGUACUGUUAAACAAUGUGAUUAGAAGGUAGUGAAAAACUGUUUAUGAUGGAAUGGAGUUAGACUGAACUCUCUUCUUCUGAACACUUCUGAACCCUUCCCAACAUAAUCUGAUUAAGUCAUUAGACCAAUGAAAUAAUUGAUCUUUGUACAUCAAUGAGAAUAUGCUUUUAAUUUUCUGUAAAAGUGAUAAAAACCCUUGCAACCCAACUUGGUGUUGCAACAAAUCCCUUCCAUGCAUUGCUGUAUGCAUUUUUGUCUCCAUUGCUUGGCCCACAAUAAACAGCUUCUGCAACUGAGA